UAUCGCAGCUGACAAGUAUCACUGGGCGCGUAUCGACAAAUUGGCCGACAAAUUUAAUUCGAAAACAAUGCGUAAAUGUGAUAUUUGUAAUAAAACAGACGAGGGAAGCGAAGAUGACGAUGUUUACAUGUACGGAGAGUGGAUGACCAGAUGUAAAAUCACAGUGCAUUAUUUUUGUUUGAUGCUCUCAACACAUUUGCCACAACAAGGCGGCGACACCAGUGGAAUACUCGGUUUCAUGAUACGCGACAUACGCAAAGAGAUCCAAGCGGCACAACUACGCAAAUGCUUCUAUUGCCUUGGACCAGGCGCCAGCAUAGAGUGCCACAAGUGUCAUGCAAUCUUCCAUUUGGCGUGCGGCAUGGAAAGUCAUUGUGUUAACUAUUUCCGUGAUGACUUUCGCAGCUAUUGUAAGGAUUGUGCACCACGCGACAAAUAUCAAAAGCAACUGAUGGCGGCGCCACAGUCAGUUUUCAAAAAUCUACGUUGCGACAUUUGCUUUGACAGUAUCCGUGUGUUUAUAUUGUCCAAGGUGGUGUAUGGCGACUGUUGUCGCAAGGGAUUUGCCCACAAGGUCUGCAUGCGACGCUAUGCUUAUUCAUCCGGCUACUAUUUGCGUUGUCUGUGGUGUCGCGAUGUGAAAUUCCACGAGACGAUUAAACUGCAGUCGGUCUUUGUGCCAGAUCGCGAUGCUACCUGGGAGCUACAAAAGAAUGCAUAUAGCGAAUUGCAUUCAAAGCCCUUGCAUUGUGAUGAAGCGGAAUGUUUGUGUCCUAAGGGUAGAAGUUACAGUAAGACCUAUAACUGGAACAUCCAGUUGUGCAUUACAUGCGCUGCCUAUGGUUCGCAUUUCAAGUGCCGGAAGGAUGGUGCUAAAGAUUUCAAAUGCGAAUUAUGCAAAGUAAUCGAAGCGAAGAUGCAGAAAUCAAAAGACAGAAACAAAGAGCAAAAUUCACAAAAAAGCAACAAGGACCAAACAAAUACCACGAGUCAAUUGGAUACCACAUUAUAUUUGUCCAAGAAUUCGCAAUCGCUAGCAUCGGAUGACGAGGCGCUUCAUGCCACAGACGAGGAGAGCUGCUCCACUGAGGCCAGCAUUGUAACAGUUAUUGCCUCGCAACUUCGCAAAUCGACGAUCUCAGAACCAAACGAAACACCAACACCAACAAAUGAAAUUGCUCUUGAAACACAGACACCAACACCAACACCUGAAGUUGCUAUUGAAACACCAACACCAACAUGUGAAGAUGCUGUUGAAACACCAACACCUGCUGUUGAGGCUGAAGUUGCUGUUGAGGCAAUGGUGAUUGAUCUGCCGGAUUCGCAGAAGAUUGAAUUCCGUUUGCCGCAACCGCCACCAACACCUGAAGUUGCUAUUGAAACACCAACACCUGCUGUUGAGGCAUCAACAUCAACACCAACACCUGCAGCUGAGGCUGAAGUUGCUGUUGAGGCAAUGGUGAUUGAUCUGCCGGAUUCGCAGAAGAUUGAAUUCCGUUUGCCGCAACCGCCACCAACACCUGAAGUUGCUAUUGAAACACCAACACCUGCUGUUGAGGCAUCAACAUCAACACCAACACCAACACCUGCAGCUGAGGCUGAAGUUGCUGUUGAGGCAAUGGUGAUUGAUCUGCCGGAUUCGCAGAAGAUUGAAUUCCGUUUGCCGCAACCGCCGCUUUUACUCCGCAAGAGCUUCACGCAUGGCGAACACUUCUAUUUGCAGGUCUAUGACUAUCAGGAGCAGUAUCCGGAGCGCUGCGUGGGCACUUGGACUUUCCGCUUUCUCAUGAACGAUGCACGGAUUCAGGAUAGUUCUGAGCAGGCGUUGGAGCAGCUGCAGCCAACGAUGUCAGAUGUUUGGACGCGUGAUAGAAAUCGUGGCAUCUACGACGAAAUUGAUCACAAAGAAAAGGAGCUGGCAAUGUCAUCAAUUUAAACUAAAGUGCUUGUCAGCAUAUGACUAUUUGUAAUGCUCAUCCGUUUAACUAAGUUAAUCGAACAUCGUUAGUAAUAUUGAAAAUAUUUUUUUUUUUACAAAAAUUCGUUUUUGCUUUGCUUUUCUGAAUUUCUCCUGUGAACAUAUUAUUUAUUUCAA